GAUAAGUUUUUUGUUGAUAAUUAUCUGUUUGAUAUUUAACGAAGGGAAUGAAAAUAGAUAUUUGGAACACAAAAAAAUAUGCCAAUAUGAAAAAGGUAUGAUGAGAAAAGCUGCUGCAAAUGGUAAAAUAGAAAAAUUAAAACUAGAUCACGAGAGUGGAUGUGAAUGGGAUGAAUAUACAACUACUGAAGCUGCUGCAAAUGGGCAUUUAGAAUGCUUAAAAUAUGCACAUAAAAAUGGAUGUCCAUGGAAUACAACCACAACAGAAGCAGCUGCUGCAAAUGGUCAUUUAGAAUGCUUAAAAUAUGCAUAUGAAAAUCACUGUGGAUGGGAUAAAAAAACAACAAAAGCUGCUGCUGCAAAUGGACAUUUAGAAUGCUUAAAAUAUGCACAUAAAAAUGGAUGUCCAUGGAAUACAACCACAACAGAAGCAGCUGCUGCAAAUGGUCAUUUAGAAUGCUUAAAAUAUGCAUAUGAAAAUCACUGUGGAUGGGAUAAAAAAACAACAAAAGCUGCUGCUGCAAAUGGACAUUUAGAAUGCUUAAAAUAUGCACAUAAAAAUGGAUGUCCAUGGAAUACAACCACAACAGAAGCAGCUGCUGCAAAUGGUCAUUUAGAAUGCUUAAAAUAUGCACAUACAAAUGGAUGUCCUUGGAAUACAAUGACAACAGAAGCAGCUGCUGCAAACGGGCAUUUAGAAUGUUUAAAAUAUUUACAUGAAAAUGACUGUAAAUGGGAUAAAGAAAUAACAAGUGCUGCUGCUGCGAAUGGGCAUUUCAAAUGCUUAAAAUAUGCACAUGAAAAUGGAUGCCCAUGGAAUACAGCCACAACAGAAUCAGCUGCAAAGUAUGGUAAUUUAGAAAUUUUAAAAUAUGUUCAUGAAAAUAGAUGUAAAUGGGAUAAAAAAACAACAUGGGCUGCUGCUGCAAAUGGGCAUUUAGAAUGCUUAAAAUAUGCGCAUGAAAAUGGUUGUCAAUGGGAUGAAACAACAACAUCAGAAGCUGCACGAAAGGGUAGUUUAGAAUGUUUAAAAUACGCUCAUGAAAAUGGGUGCCGCUGGAAUAAAUAUACAACAAUGCGAGCUGCCUUACAUGGUAAUUUAGAGUGUUUAAAAUAUGCUCAUGAAAAUGGUUGCCAAUGGGAUGAAACAACAACAGAAGCAGCUGCACAAAAUAGUAGUUUGGAAUGUUUAAUAUAUGCACAUAUAAAUGGAUGUAAAUGGGAUGUAAGCACAACUACUGGCGCUUCAAUGAGUGGUAAUUUAGAAAUUUUAAAAUACGCACAUAAAAAUGGAUGUACAUGGAAUGCAAUCACAACAUCAGAAGCUGCGCGAAAAGGUAGUUUAGAAUGCUUAAAAUAUGCACAUGAAAAUGAAUGUAAAUGGGAUUAUACAACAACAACAGCAGCUGCAAUAAAAAAUAGUUUAGAAUGUUUAAAAUAUGCACAUGAAAAUGGAUGCAAUUGGGAUGGGCACACAAUUAUAGCUGCUGCACAAAAUGGUAGUUUAGAAUGUUUAAAAUAUGCACACGAAAAUGGAUGCAUAUGGGUAGAAGGCACAACUAGAACUGCUGCUUUAGAAGGUAAUUUUGAUUGCUUAAAAUAUGCACAUGAAAAUGGAUGCAAAUGGGAUUUGGACACAACCUUAGCGGCUGUCACAAUAGGUAAUUUAGAAAUUUUAAAAUAUGCACAUGAUAAUGGAUGCGAAUUGGAUGAAUUUAUUACAAGACAAGCUGCUUUUAGAGGCGAUUUAGAAAUUUUAAAAUAUGUUUAUGAAAAGGGAAGUAAAUGGGUAAAAGGAACAACUACAUAUGCUGCAUUAGAAUGUAAUUUAGAUUGUUUAAUUUAUGCUCUCGAGAAUGGAUGUGAUUGGGAUGAUGGUACAACUAAAGCUGCUGCAGAAAGCGGGUGUUUAGAAUGUUUAAUUUAUGCUCAUAAAAACGACAUUAAAUGGGAUGAAGGUACAAUAGUUACAGCUGCUAUGCGUGGUAAUUUAAAUUGUUUAAUAUUUGCUUACGAAAAUGGAUACAAAUGGGAAGAUGGCACAGCUAAAGCUGCGGCUUCAGGAGGUCAUUUAGAUUGUUUAAAAUAUGCGCACAAAAAUGGAUGCAAUUGGCAUAAAGAUACAACUAGAGCUGCUGCAAAAAGCGGUAGUUUAGACUGUUUAAAAUAUGCUCAUGAAAAUGGAUGCAAUUGGGAUGAAAGCACUACAGAAGCAGCUGCUAGUUAUGACUGCUUAAAAUAUGCACAUAAAAAUGGAUGCAAAUGGGAUGUAACAAUAACAGUAACAGCUGCUUCUAAUGAUAAUUUAGAAAUUUUAAAAUAUGCUCACGAUAAUAAAUGCGAAUGGGCAGAAGGCACAACUGGAGCUGCUGCUUUAAAAGGUAAUUUAGAUUGUUUAAUAUAUGCUCACAAGAAUGGAUGUCAAUGGGAUGCUGGUAUAACUAAAGCCGCUGCCUUAGUAGGUAAUUUGGAAAUUUUAAAAUAUGCUCACGAAAAUGAAUGCGAAUGGGCAGAAGGUACAACUAGAGUUGCUGCUUUAAAAGGUAAUUUAGAUUGUUUAAUAUAUGCUCACAAAAAUGGAUGUCAGUGGGAUGAUGGCACAACUAGAGCUGCUGCAGCAAGUGGUUGUUUCGAUUGUUUAAAGUAUGCUUAUGAAAAUGGAUGUUAUUGGGAUGUAGAUACAAUAGUUAUAGCUGCUACUCAUGGUAAUUUAGACUGCUUAAAAUAUGCUCAUGAAAAUGAAUAUGAUUGGGUUGAAGGUACGACGAGAAUGGCUGCUGCAAAUAAACGUUUGGACUGCUUAAAAUAUGCCCAUAAUAAUGGUUGUGAAUGGGACGAAGGAACAACGAGAGAAGCGGCUGCUAGUGGUUGUAUUAACUGUUUGAUAUUUGCACAUAAAAAUGGAUGUCCAUGGGAUGAAGGGACGAUGAGUGCAGCUGCUGCAAAUGGUCAUUUGGAAUGUCUGAAAUAUGUUCAUGAAAAUGGAUGUGAGUGGGAUGAAGGCACAACAAGACUAGCGGCUGCAAAUAAUCAAAUAAGUUGCUUAAAAUACGCUCAUGAAAAUAAUUGUUCAUGGAGUAGAAAUACCAUUUAUGAAGCUACUCGAAAUGGUUUUACUGAUAUAAUUAUUUAUGCUAGCGAAAAUGGUUGUAGUAAUUAA